UGAUAGUAUUAUGUACGAUUCUGGUCACUACGGUGUCGAAUCGAUAUUGCUGCUCUGGAAUGACAAUCGGAUAUAAUGCGGGGAUGAAAGGUAUGUCCUGCGCUGACAGACUGAAGGAACUGAACUGCUUUAGUCUUGAACGGAGGAGACGACGGGAGUACCUGGUUCAGGUAUUCAAAAUCCUCGAGAGCAGCGACAAAGCCAAGCCGACCUCUUCAGAAUCAGCGGUGGACACGAGUGGAAAUGACACGGAUGAGCAUGUAUAUCUGAGAAGAGAGCUGAAGUGGGGUGGGGGCUUUUUUUACACAAAGAGUUGGGGGAUUAUGAACAAGCUAGCCAACCAGGCUGUUGAAGCUGAUAACCUGGUUUUGUUCAGGCGACGGCUAAAUGGGAUUCUCGGAUCGAUUGGCUGCGAACCUUCCGAACCGGUUAGAAAAGCCAAAAGGCAUUUUCUCGCUUGGGAACCCUCCGUUUCUGGAGCGAAAGAACGAGCCAGCAACCCACAACCGCACAGAGUAACUACACAGCAUAUAAAGCGAGUAAAAAUGGACGCUACAAAUGUGCUCCUGUGUAUUUAAUAUUCAGCGUUAAGAUUAAUAUCAGUGUGAAGUGAUUAAGAAUUAAGAAUGUCAAAUACGACUCUUUCGAGUAAUUCGAAAGCUCGGUUUCUAAGAAGGAACUCUGUGGGUGUGGCAAAACCUAAAGCGAUUGAGCCACCAGCUCUUCAGAAACGAACUUUAUUCUUUCAUGGUUUUACGCUCAGAAAGACUGUACCGAUACAAACAGGAGGCGGAAAGAGAACUGCGCCAUGACGGAGACGUCGAAGAAGAAGAAGAAGCUGAAGAACGCGACGGAGGCCUUGGACAAGAGCCAGCUCGACGCCAAGGAGGUGAUCGCGGACCUGGUGAGCAACACCACCAACAUCGCCGUGGCGGGGGAGCGGGGCCGGGCCAAGUCGUCCUUCAUCAAUGCCGUCAGGGGCCUGAGGGACGACGAAGAAGGAGCGGCCCCCGGCGGUCAAGAGGAACCCGCCGCCGAGCCCACCAAGUACCCCAACCCUAAGUAUCCAGACGUCCGAAUCUGGGACCUGCCAGCACCCCCAGCGCCGGACUUCGACCCGGAGGAGUAUCUGGAAGACAUGAGGCUGGGUCGCUACUGUUCCUUCAUCAUCGCCGCUUCGGAGACCAUCGAUCACAGCUACUACACGCUCUCCGCGGCUGUCAUGGCAACCAACAAACCCCUGUACUUCAUCAUUCUGGCCUCCCCGGGGGAAUCUCCAGAGUGCCUGCAGGAGAGGAAGAGGCGCAGCGUGGAGGGCUUCAAGACGAGGGGGAUGGAGGCGCCCAGGCUGUUCCUGGUCUCCUCCUGGGCCCUGAGACGUCUGGAGUUCGUGGACCUCCUGCAAGCCCUGCAGACGGACCUUUCGGAGAUGAAGAUGAACAAGCUCCUGAUCUCCCUCCCCGCCUUUGCGGCCCCGGUGCUGAGGAUGAAGAGCAAGGCCUUCAGGAACGACAUCAUGAGGGAGGCCCACACCUCCGGCGGGAUGCCCGCUGUGCCCUUCCUUGGCGUGGGCUCCAAGCCGGACCUCAGGGGCCUGGAGACGCUGCUCACCAGGAUCCAGGAGUCCUUCGGCCUGGACCACGCCUCCCUGGAGAGGUUGGCCAAGCAGGUGGACCAGCCCGUGGAGCAGCUCAGGGCGGCGCUGUCGUCUGAGAUCUCCUCGGAGGUCAGCAGGAGCCUGGUGAAGAAGCUGCUGGCCCAGGUGAAGAGCCAGGACUCGGCGGCGGCCAGGGUGCUGGACUCCUCCCCCGCAGGGGGGAAGAAAGUGAACAAACGGUUCUCGGCCAAGUACAGGAUGCUGAAGUCCGCUAUGGAUGAGCUGGAGAAGGAUGCGGAGGCUGUCCUGGAAAAAGCCUGGGGUGGAAAAGAUUAGAACAUAUGAGUGGUAAAGUCUAGAAUAACAGGAGUGGGUUCAGCUCUCUCUUCCACAGCCAAGAUGAAUGUGAAGAAGUUGACUGACACUUGUCUCCUUCGGGUGUUCAGUGGUGAAAGCUCCUGAGGCAGUUAUAUAGCACAGUAAACCCUUUGUUUAAAAGGCUAAUAUGGGGGGCGGGGGGUGGUGUUUGGUAAAUCACAAAUGGCAUUUUCUCAGCCAAAAUAUGAGAAAUGUUUAUUUACUAUAUAUGCUUUUUGGAUCUUUUGAUCUAUGCUCACAAUUGCAACGAACGCAGUCAGUGAAAAUUGUUCCUGUGCCUAUUUUGGACGUAAAUAUGCAAGCUAUUUAUUUAAUGUGUUAUAAAUAGACUGUAUAAAAUUUGCUUAAGCAUACAGAACAGCCUUUGUAGGCAAUUGACCUACACAAGUGAUAUGCCUGAAUUUUAAACCUAUGCAGUGUUUAUUUUUACGUUGUUUUAUUAUUUGUGCAUUUUUCAGUUAUUGUGGGGAAGUCAGCGUUUCUGAAUUUAAUGGAAAAAAAAAACCCUUUAGCAGAUUUUGUCCGUUAAAUAAGAAGUCUGUUAAAGAGAAGUACGUUAAACCACAGGUUUACUGUAUUCAUGUAAGCUUGUUCCUUGCCUAUCUUUGGGCUCUUAGAAUUGCAAACUUAUUAUUACAAAAUCUGUUACCUUGUUUUGCUCAAGGGGCUCUUUAUUUUGCACUUUUAAAACUAACAUACAGUAGAUAAAGCAUUCCUAAAAUUGAUAGCUCAUUAGGAGGCAGAGAAGAAAUGCUUAUGCAAAAUAAUACAAGGACAAGUCUUUUUAUAGAGCACGAUUUUCAGCACACUCUUUGAUCACUUGCAUUUUCUGUGGUCUGCUUGAUAUUAACACAAGCUAACCUGCUGGCCUAGUCUGUCCAGUCGAAGGCAUCGGUGAGAAGGUGUCCUCAACUGGCUUUUGACAAUGGACUCCUGAGACACGUGAAGAGACAGGUCUGCUAGGUACUGUAGAGCUCUUUAUGGGAUGAGAUUGAUGAGGGUUAAAGGUUAUGGUAUUAAUCUGAAUCUUGGGUAAGAAUUUGCAUUCCAGUGAACGUUCAUGUUCCAUGUUCAGUGUCAACUCUGGAUGUCUGUAAUAAAGCAGCAGGGCAGGAAAGGACAGAGAGAGAAAAACAGAAGAAGGCAUAACAAAAGGAACAUUCUCCCCUUCAUGCUCAUGUUUCAUUCCACAAAGAAAUCCAGAUAAAACCCAGACUGUGAACAUCUGUAAGGUUAAACAUCACCUUGCUUGGUCUGUCGUCUCACGAACGGACAGUUUUUGUAUUUCCUGACUUGACUUUGUGAGGAACAGUCAUAUCGAAAGUGAAGGUGUAAAACCCGCCUUUUGGUUUUGGUCAGCUGACUGUCUGACUCGGGGACAACAGUCAAGGAUACAUUGUACUCCGCACGACAUAAAUCAUUGAAAGUGUUUUUUUCUCAUAACUAAACUCCGCCAUUCCUGCCCCCCUUUCAAAGCUCGAAGCAACAGAAAUCACUGCUAGCAAGCUGGGGGACUUUUCGCAGGAGUAAACUGGUAAGCAGAGCUUCCGUCAGGAAAAAAAAAGCGUCUCGCCAUCCAGGUCUCACACCGCGGGCCAGCGCGAAUUGUCAGCUCGACGUUACCUGCAAGAUGAUUCAUGAAUAUUGCUCAGAAUUUGACUGAUGUUGAACCCUGUAGACGUUAUUUAAAAAGAGAAACUUUAUUCUUAACCAACUAGGUUCGAAAAAAAAACUGAAAAAAGUGCUCUCCUGCCAGGAGUUUGAACCGCAGGCGUACAGCUGUAAAUGUAAAUCUUGUAACCUGGUGUCUUCCGUUAGAUCGUUUACAGCAGCUCUCACUGGCAAUGAUAAGCAAGUGUUUCAUCUGCUACACAUUGAAAAACUACUACAUAAACUAGAAAAAAAAACAGGUUUCCUUGUUUUAGACAGUGUGCCACAACAUACAGUACAGUGUCUUUAAAAAGUCCUUUAAAAUGACUUGAAGAUUGCAGUCCAUCAACCGCCCCCCUCACAAUUGAACUGCGCUUGAACAGUUCUGUGAGGAGGGGUGGACAAACAUGGCCAAAUCUGUGAGUGCUGAAUUGGUACAGACCAAUCCAAACUGAAUUCUGGCUGUCAUUCCAGCAAAACGUUCUUCUACAAAGUACCUCUGCACGCACCAACUCAGGGGGGUGUACAUGUAUCCAACACAACGCUCUCGAUUUUCAGUUGUAAUUAUUUUCCCGAAUGCUGGAGCAUGUGUUUUUCCCCUGGAGGUUGUGUGUCACGGUGUGUAAAUAAAAGGUCAAAUACAUUU